AUGUCGGCCUCUCCUCCCAAGGACGACGUUGAACAAGCUGCGCAGUCGCCCGACGACCCUGAUGCGCAAAUGAAUCAAGACCCACAUUCCCUAGGUCUUGCCUACGAAUUUGAGGUAAAGGAACAGGAUCGCUGGCUUCCCAUAGCAAACGUGCAACGCUCAAUUUAUGAAUGUACCACUGUGGUCGUACAUCCUGCGAUGUCAUCAGUUUCUUGUUCGCAAUCCCCUGAGCCGCAACGUUCAUCCAAACCUCGAAAGCACGAACAUCCAGAUUCGCAAAUCCAUAACACUGCUCCAGUUGCCCGAAUAAUGAAGAUGGCGCUUCCAGAGAAUGCCAAGAUUGCCAAAGAAGCAAAAGAAUGCAUGCAGGAAUGCGUCAGCGAGUUCAUUUCAUUUAUUACAAGUGAAGAGAAAUGUCAUCAAGAAAAGCGCAAGACUGUUAACGGAGAAGAUAUCCUAUUCGCAAUGACCUCGUUGGGUUUCGAGAAUUAUGCGGAGGCGCUCAAGAUCUAUUUAUCUAAGUACAGAGAAACCCAGUCAACGAGGGGCGAAAACCGACCCGGAAGCCAAGGGUUUGGUUCGACGGCAGCUAGUGGGUCUGGAGGAUCUGGGAAUGCGACAUCAGGUUUCCCAGGUUCAGAGGGAGCCAAUAAACUUCUCGGUAGUGCCGAAAGACAUGAUGAUUCUGAGCACGCUUCAGGGUAUCCAAUUCUCUACGGAAACCAAUCAACCGCUCACAAUGGCACUGCUGAGCGGGACAACUACUAA